AUGGAGCAGCGCACCCACCAGAUUUGGCACAUGCAGGUCUCCUCCCAGGAGGCGUCCGGGGAGCUGCAGAAGAAGGUGUCUGUGGCCGGCCAGCCGGAGUGCUCCAUCUGCUACAACACCUACGACAACGUCUUCAAGACGCCCAAGCAGCUGGAGUGCACCCACACCUUCUGCCUGGAGUGCCUCUCCCGCCUCAUGGCCGUGUCGGUGGCCGACCACGAGGGGGGCGGCGGCAGCGCGCGCCUCUCCUGCCCCUUCUGCCGCCACCCCACCACGCUGCCCGAGGAGGGGCCCCCGGCCCUGGCCACCAGCCGCGAGGUCCUCUGCAAGCUCCCCAGCCACCAGCAGCGGGAGGAGCCCGUGUGGCUGGAGGGGGAGAAGCUGUGCUACAAGAGCUCCGGGCAGGACGUGCCCGACAGCCCCGCGGCCUUCUGCGUCUGCAUCGACAUCGGCGCCAGCAAGUCGCUGGACGCCCCCGUCCAGACGCAGCGCAGGACCCGCGGCGUGCUGAGCGGGCUGGCGGACUGGAAGAGGAUGGUGCUCUUCGUGGUGCUCAUGGUGCUGCUGGUGGUGGUGGUGCUGUGGCCCCUGCAGUGCGUCUUCAGCACGGGAAACAUGCGCUGCAUCAGGGAGAUGCAUCCCCCCCCACCCACGCCUACAGCCUCCGUCCCCUCUUUCCGCUCCAUCAGCACACCUGGGCCCAAAUAG